GUGACAGAUAGUAGCACUCUCCACUCUGAUUGCCCCUCUCCAUUCAAUUGGUGCGAGCUGAGCCGAGCCCAGCUGAGCCCCCAGACUUCUGGCUCACUUUUUCCGCGGAAGCCGAGCCACCAGCUUCGUGGUCCGACUCAACCAGGCCCAACUCACUUCGGGACCCGAAGUUCGGGUCCAACCGCUUCAACCAGACACGAACGCACGCCGGCACGCGUCGAUACAAACCCUAAUCCACUUCCUCUCAAAUCUCUCACAAUUCCCAAACCCCCUCCGCCGCCGCCGCCAAGGCGCGCCAACAAUGGCAAUGGCAUCCACCCCCUCCAACCCCACCAGCCGCCUCCGCCGCGAGGCCGUGGUCCGUGCGGUAGCCGCGCUCCUCCGCUGGCUCCAGAAGCACCCUACCCCGGCGCCGGAGCCCAUAUACCUCAUCGUCACCCUCAAGCGCGCUCCCGUCCGGCGCUUCGAGCACCAACUCCGCCUCCCGCACUCCCCGUUCCCGUCCAUCUCCCUUGUCUCCGACCGCCUCCCCGCCGACCUCCCCGACGACAUCGACCCGCUCCCUUCCUCCGCGCUCCGGUCCCUCCCCGCCGCCACGCGGCGCGGCCUGGUACUCGUCGACCGCCGCCUCAGGGUCCCUGCCGGCGGCAAGGCGGCGGGCGCCAAGCGCGGCGUGACCUUGCCCGUGGACCUGUCGGACCCAGCGUGGGCGGAGUCCGCGAGGGAGGCGGCGCGCCGCGUGGAGCUGCGGGUGGAGGGCGGGACCUGCCGCGCCGUGCGCGUGGGCCACGGCGCCAUGGCGCGGGAGGAGGCCGUGGAGAACGUGGUGGCCGCGGUGGAGGCGGCCGCCGCGUGCGUGCCGAGGAAGUGGCGGAACGUGCGGGCGCUGCACGUCAAGUCCCCCGAAUCCACCGCGUUGCCGCUCUACUCCACGCCCGGCACCGGCGGCGAGGACAACGACGGUGACGGCGGCAUGGGGGCUGCGAAGCCGGAGGGCACGCCGACGAUGGAGGAGCAGGGAAGAACGAAGAGGAGGAAGAAGAGUAGCAUGGGCUGUAAUUAGGUGUCACUGUGUCAGUGCCCCGUUUUCCAGUUGUCACUUGUCUUUGCUCGUGCAGAAAAAAACUUCGAAUCGGGGGAUUUGUCAAUCAGCCAUAUUCAGUUAUUUUUAGGACAAAUCUCGAGAGCCUUGUUUAAAUUUUGACAGGAUUACAAUCAUGGGCAUAUUAGCACAGCGAUGAGCUGCCAAAUUGUUCUCAGGCCGAGCACAAACAAUAAUAUGAAAAGAGAGUGCACCAGUGAG